AUGCGAGGCGCCGCGGGGUUGCUGCUGGCGCUGGGCGCCGCGUUGCUGCUGGCGGGCGGCGGGCGGUGCCUGGGCCGCUGCCUCCUCCGCCUUCUGCCGCGCCGCGCCCGCCGUGCCCUGCCCGCUGAAGGGAAGGCGGUGCUAAUAACAGGCUGUGACAAAGGCUUUGGACAUGCCUUGGCAAAACAGCUUCAUGCAAAGGGAUUUACUGUUUAUGCUGGAUGCUUGCUCAUGGAUCAGAAUGGAGAUGGAGCCAGGGAGCUGAAGAACAUUAAGUCAGAUCGCAUGAAAGUGCUACAGAUGGAUGUGUGCAGUGACCAGGAGGUAGCUCACGCUGUGGAUUUUGUGAAGAGGACCCUGAAGGAGCCAGAGGAAGGUCUGUGGGGCCUGGUGAACAAUGCUGGCGUCUCCACCUUCGGAGAGGUGGAAUUUGCAAGUUUAGACAACUACAAGAAGGUGGCAGAGGUCAACCUGUGGGGCACCGUCAGGGUGACGAAGGCGUUCCUGCCCCUCAUUCGCAGAGCUAAAGGCCGUGUGGUGAACAUCACAAGCAUGUUGGGACGGAUGGCGAGUCCGUCUCGCUCCUGCUAUUGCGUUUCCAAGUUCGGGGUGGCAGCUUUCUCCGACUGCCUGCGGCAGGAGAUGUACCGCUGGGGAGUCCGGGUCAUCCUGGUUGAGCCCAGCAACUUCGUGGCCGCCACGGGCAUCCUGACGGGCGCGGGCGUCGAGGAGCAGGCGCGGGCGCUGUGGGACGGGGCAAGCGCCGCCGUGCGGGCGGACUACGGGCACGACUACUUCACUCGCCACGUGGCCACCAUGAAGUCCUUUGUUAACAGCGGCCUGAAGGACAUGUCUCUGGUCUUGGAUGACAUCUGCGAUGCCCUCACGUCCCCGUGCCCCGACAACCGUUACAAUCCCAUGGAGACCUACUGGUGGGUGAGGCUGCAGGCCAUGACUCACCUGCCCACCGCCGUUGCCGACUGGCUCUACAUCCCCGGAGCCCCGCUGUAAGCGCCCGUCCUUCAGGCAGCCUCCCAGUGCUCACAGCUAUGGCCAGAGCUGACUCAGGGCAGCUCUGCACCCACUGCUGAUGCAUCUCCCCUGUAGGUUCACUUUGUGCCAUGGCUUCAAGCCUUGUGUUGUCAGAUGCUGAGAACAACAUGGCUUUUGGGGGUUUGCUUUUCUUUGGGUUUUAUUUUGCUUGAUUCUUGCUCUUUGUAUUCCCUGCUGUCCUGAUUUCUAAGGUGAAAGUUUGAAAGGUGUUUUCCUUUUAGCUGUGGAGUAGGCAGAGGAAGGUUAAUGUAAUGGGUCAAAUAUGUGGCAAGUGUAAUUAGGUCAGCAGAGUUUCCCCGGUGUUAAAUUUGGCUCAUUAAUGGGCUCUUGCCUUUCCUUACAAGGACAGGCUGCUAACAGUAGAGCAAAGCUGUUGCUAUGAGAUGUCUCGAAGAGAGAAACUAAAAUGGGAAUCAAAAGCAUCAUUUUCCAUUUGAUUGAAAGUCAAAUCAGCCUUCUGUUGUUGUUGUGCUACUGUGAAGAAGCUCUGCUGCACUGCAACUGUCUGCUCUUUCCAGGAACACAGCAACGCUGCCUCUGAACAGCCUCAUGGCUGAGCUCAGGGGACACAGAUCCCUGCAAAGAAGGGCUCUUCCCUCUCAACACUCAGGCCAGGAGAUGCCAGAGCCGGUGGCUGCAGACAGGCUGGGCAGGGAGAAGCCUUUAUAAUGAGUGAGGUCUGAGCCAUCCCUCAGCCCCUCUGGAUGCUGGGACCUGCAGCCUCUCUUCAGCUUGAGGGAUAGGGCUGAAUCUGAUGUAGCAAACAAAUUUGGCUCCUCUGUUACCUUAGGUACCGGUGCCUGGAUUACUGAGCUGUGGUACAGACACUGUCCAGCCCUUCACUUGCUGCCCUAUGUCAGGCUCCCUCUGGCUGUGAGGGACCUGCCCUUGCUUUCCCAUCUCAGUUUUCUGGUUCUGUCUUCUCUGCGCUUGCACAGUGGGAGGGCUCUGUGCAGCCAGGGUGGCCUGGCUCUGAGCUCUGGAAGGGUGCUUUAAGUGACACAGUCCUAUUUUUUAAAUAUUGCACACUGAAUUUCACAUGUCACUCAUGAUUGUCUCCUCAGAGAACCUCCUGAUAACUGCCACGAGCUGCUUUUGCACAGUAUCCCCAAGGGUCUGUCCUGUUGGCCAUGUACAGGGAUUUCUAUCAUUUUUCCAAGUGCUGGGGCUGCCUGGCUUCCUGCCCUGUUCCCUCUGACCCACUGCUGGCCACUACCAGAGCAGCCAGUGGGACACAGGCCCUUCCCUCUUACUCUAGGGACCAGCUUUCCCUUCUGCUGCUAAACUUUGUUGUGUUUUGUCCUGUGUGGCGUUGUCUAUGGAAAGAGCUUUUUGCUUGCUCUUUCCUCAUCUGACUCUGCCAGCUCUGACCUGGAAACUGUGCCUUAAACUUUUUACCUGCCACUGGCUGUAAAUGCUUGGAGCAUACAUGCAACCAUGAAUGCUGUGGUGGCUGAGGAGGAAGGCAGUUCCCCUCGGAAAUGCUGCAGGUGUGGCUUGUAUUGCAAGGAACACUGGAAAUGCUGGCCAUGCAGUUCUUUUUAUUCUAGAUCCUCAUCAUGGAGACUGCCUGGGAUCCAGGACCCAGAACUGAACUGCAGCUUAAGCAGUGUUGUAAUCACUUCUGCCCCCUGCACUGGGAAAU